AUGGCCAUCAACUGGAAACUGAGGGAGACAGUCUUUCGACUGCUCGCAGCGGUUUAUGCCGAACUAGGAGAAGAAGUGUUUAAAGGCCGAUAUGCCUCGAUCGCACAAUGUUUUGGACCCGAUGCUACAUACGAUGCGAUCAAGUCCUUUUUCAACAAGGAGGUCUCAAGAGCUUCUGAGCAGCUGCUUGCCAAGCAUCGUGCCCGUCCCAGGUCAAGCCAGGCACCUCUCCAGAGAAGAGAUCCCACGCGAUCGCGGCCGCCAUUGCUUUAUUUUGACGACGAGGACAUCAGCAUCUUGACUCAGCGAGAAGCCGAGGCGCAUUUUAGUCACUCCCUACGGGCUCCAGCAAAGCGUCCUCGCGUUGUUGCAGCAUCCCCAGCACCAUCUGCUAUACAAGAUGUUCCACUGCCUGCUAUGAGCACAGCCAGAGAGCUCACAGACUCACAGAUCAGCGGCAAACGCCGUGAGCUUGAAGGUUUCCAUCUGGAUAGUGCUUCUGCUCCACUCUCCGCAAGUCCAUCUUCUCACCCAAGACCUAGUUCAUAUGUUACAGCAGAUGGGCAGAUAGAAAGUCCUGCAUCUGGACUAGAAAGGACAGGAAAGAAGAGGGCGUAUUCGACUUUUUCCGAGCUUGCAGACAUGCAAUUACCACAUCUCCCCGUACCUGGCGAAGCGGACACUUCCAAACCAGGCUCUUUUGGCUAUAUCACCAAACAGGGCCAAUACCGCUGUGCACUUUGUUUGAGCCAAUUGCCUAGCCAGCAGGACCUGGACCGCCAUGAGCUGUUGAGUAAAGAGCACCAACGAAAGCUCCAAAAUCCGAUCACGGUUGCCAAAGGCCGAGAAAAACUUCUCAAAGUGACCUCCAUCCCAAAUAUUGGGCCACAUAUAUCCACGCCUGCACCCGCACCUGCUCGACAGCAGACUAUGAAUGGCGUGGAUCGAGAGAAGAGAACAAGCGCCAACAGUGAGACUCCGCGUCGCGAGAUACACGGGGACACAGACAAGCCUGCUGGUCCUUCGAAUCUGGGAAACCGGCCCAGGGACGGCGACACACCUUUUGACACCAUUGAAGUUCUCAGUCAGGCCGCUCAUCCUGCGGAGUCUCUCGAGCAGAGGCAAGCUAUAACAGGAACAUCCAUGUCCCCAGCAGAGAGGCCGAGCCAUCGAGUUGAUAAGGGCAAAGGCCGCGCCCCUUCUCCUUUGUCUUUGUCCCCAACUCCCGUAACAGAUCAAGUACCCUGUCCAGAUCCGUCUUUGUUUUCCGAGGCAGAGAUUCCAGGUCUUGUCCACACAAGACCAACAACUGCAAGGACCGAGAUUGGAUCAAUCACACCUGCCCAUUCUAAUGGAGGCCCGAGCCGAGCGUUGAGGGAUGGAUCAGCGCCCGUUUUCUCACAAACGGAGAUUGCAGACAUCAUGCGCUCAACAGAGCUCGUGAUGCAACUUAUGGGCUGUGUGCAGAAAGAGGCGGUGGCUGCAGCCAAUGCUAAAGUCGGUUCUGGAAGCGAUGCGAGCAGCUCAAUAGGAAGGCCCGGGCGAGAAGCUGCUCAACGGAACCCACAGGAAGGGAGAGUCAAGGGUGGACGAGCAAAGGAUACGGGCGAAGAAGUAUUUUUCAUCAUCUUGGAUUGA